UAGCGUGAAACGCGUUUGUUAACAGAAGUGCCUUUGCGCCAUCCUGUGGACAAAACAAGUCAAUGCGUGUGUUUUCUAACGCGUUUUGAAGAUUUGGUCCUACUUGGCUUCCAUACCAACGCAUGUGAUUUUACCGAAGGUCAGACGUCAUGGCAGCCUGCUGCAAGAGGCUCGAUAAAAUGAUGCUUUCAGUAAGGUUAUUGCGAAACUUGCACAUUCAGAAUAAACGGUGCGUUUCUACGUCUCUGCCUCGCCUUGCCUUUGGGAGUGAAAGUGAGCAGCCACCCAAAUUCAUCCCUCCUUCGAAACCUGUCAUCAUUGACAAGACACAAACCGUUGCAUCGCUACGAAAGUUUCUGAGUCCAGAGUUCAUCCCUCCCAGACAGAGAACAAACCCUGCCAAGUUCUUCUUUGAGCGAAAAGACAUGAUUCGCAGAAGGAAAGUGCUCGACAUUCCCGAAUUCUAUGUGGGGAGUAUCCUGGCUGUGACCAUGGCUGACCCUCACUCCAGUGGAAAAUCUAACCGCUUUGUGGGCAUUUGUAUCCAGAGGGGUGGCAAGGGUUUGGGGGCCACUUGUGUCCUGAGGAACAUCAUUGAUAACCAAGGUGUGGAGAUAUGUUAUGAGUUGUACAGCCCUCGUAUCCAGCGAAUUGAGGUGCUCAAGCUGGAAAAGAGGCUGGAUGACAAUCUUAUGUACCUAAGAGAUGCCCUGCCUGAGUACAGCACCGUGGACCCAGACAUGAAGCAGUUUCCCAUCUCUCCUACAGGAGAGGUGUUUGUCAACAAGAUCAAGGUGAGGAUGCGUCUGAAGCCAUGGUCCAAACGUUGGGAGCGUCCCAAGUUCAACAUCCAGGGCAUCCGCUUUGACCAGUACCUGACUCCCGAGAAGUUGGAGCAUGCCCAGAAGUGGGCGCAGCCUUGGCGGGAGUACGACAUGCUGAAGGAGUACGACACCUCCAAGCUGGAGGAGCAGAUCUUUAAGGAGGUACAGCAAGAGCUUGGGAAGUGAAAGCAAACCACUCAUUCUUGCCAUCCAUACAGACUUUCUGGCAAUGGGAACCGGUUGGGUGGAUAUGUACAUCCUACUUAAACUGGAUUUAUCAGCCAGUUUAUGGAAGCUGGAAUGGCGCAGAAGUGGAAAAUCAUUAACGUCGCUGCAGAUUUUGAUAUGACUUGCGUCCUCACAGCCAUACAAGCUAAUGAAGAUGUCAAAGCUUAAAAGUCCCCCCCCCCAAGUUAUUGAGAAGUCUGUAUGCUAAGUAAAUUGGUGUGGUAUUGUGUGGAUAAAUACCAGCCUUGUGUCGUGUUUCAGCCUGCUAUAUAUGAGCUCUCUACACGUCAGACAUAGGCAACCAUAUGCCGCAAAGAAUAUGCAGAUUUUCCCUCCAGCCAGCCACUAUACCAGAUGAUUACAGAUUAUUUCAGUGAUGGUGAUUGCUGGGAAGAAAAAAACCUGCAUACUCCUGUAGCACCCCAGGGCACAUGGUUGUCAAUGUCUACUCUAUGUCAUUACUUGUACUUUACCUGUAUGCAUGGUCAUUAGCUGUUUUCUAAAGUAAAAAGCUAUUGAACUCAAAUUGCCUA